CAGAAUGCCGAGUGUUGGCCUGUGUAUCAAUUCUUCUUGCAAUGGUUAUGCUCGUCGUCGCCGCAAGAGCCUGGAUGCUCCUCAAGCAAGAUUCAGGAGACAUCCAUCAUCGAGUCCCAUCGACGACGCCAAAUGUCAUACAUGGCACAUCCACUACAACGCAUGAUACGACGACGCCAAAACUCUCACGUAGCACAACCACCACAACAACUACGAGGGGUCCCCUGACCGACAAAGAACUCACUAAACUGGCUGAAACGCGCCCCAUCACAGUCCUCUUCAUCGGUGAUCACAGCUACAGCACGAUAUCCAAGGAACAAUUCAUGAUAUAUGCACAAAGCCAGCUUAAUAUAAUCAAUGCAGCCUUUGCAGAAAAUAACAUCAAGCUGAAGAUGAAGGUUUACGACACUUAUGUGAUGAAUGAGGAACAGGACAGGAACCACCUCGUGAAAAUUCAUGGUAGACAGGUUGAGUCGAUUGACUCACAUCAAACCGUUGCGAUGCUUAAUAGCACAAUUGUUGAAUACCCUGGGACCAACGAGUCCGACAUCGUCUUCGUGUUCACGAGCUACGAAAACUAUCUCAGGACUUGGCUUGGAGAAGGACUAGAAAUCUUGGGAUCAAGCAACGUCACUGUACUGUCCAACAAGGACAUGACCAAACUGUCCAUAGAUACUUUUGCUAGGAAGGAACUGUUUCCACCCGCUGCGGAUAGAAAGCACCAAAAUGCUUUUGAGGAACUCAAGCAGCAAAUCUGA